CAACAACUUUUCUCAACCGCGAGCGAACAACCCAUAGCACACCGACGACAACCACAGAAACCUUUCCCUCUAUGUAUAUAAUCGCCUAGAGCGUUUGGUUAUUCACAGGCUCUCGCAGGCGGCAAAAUCCUCGGCCGUUCGCCUGCCCCUCCUACUACAAACCUACCAACCCGCCCAGCAUGUCGUCCUCUGAGAACUCCACCGCACUCACCAAACGCGCCGCCUCCAGCGCUCUCAUGCCUCCUCCGCCCGCACCAAAGCGGAUAAAGCGCCCCAACAUCGUGCUGGACGAGGACACCUACACCUCCGCUGUCUCCUACAUUAUCCGCCGCGACUUCUUCCCCGGGCUCGCAGAAACGGAUGCGCAGCGCGAAUACCUGAACGCACUAGAAAGCAAGGAUAACAAGUGGAUACGCGAAGCGGGGAAGAAGUUGACGGACGUCAUGACACCGGUGCCCGGUAGACAACCUAGCAAGGCAAGAGGGACCAGGUUUGAGAGUGGAAACGGAGGGAAGACACCGAGCGUUUGGGGCGCGGAUACGCCUCGUACAGAGGUUGGGAAGGAGGAGGAAGAGGAUGAUGAGAGACUAGGAAAGCUGGACGAGGUGGAUUUGAACAUGAGUCUGGGUGCUUUUCAAGCGAAAUACAUGUCUGAAGACCAGGAGAGUUUCAGCCAGAUCAUCGAUCGGCAGAACAAAGUCAAGUUUGAGAAGAACGUGUGGUUGAGGGAAGGAAAUAUGCAUCCUUCGAAACAGCGCAUAGCGCAGCAGAAAGUUAUCGAAUCACGGAAGCCCGAAUCGACGGAGAUUAUACUACGGCCAAGCCAGAAUCUAGACGAUAGACCCGCUGCGCCGAACGGACAUAAGCACACUGCAUUCAACAGCUUCAUGUUUGGCCCCGAAAGUGUAGAGCAGUGGGCACCUACAAGAGCCCAGGCCGCCGAAUCCGCAUCCCUCGCUCCGCCGAAAAAAGUCUUACACAAUAACACGCGACUCCCGGUCGCGGAAACUGAACCCAAACGUCCGCCCUCACCCACUCUCUCCGCAGUCCGCGACGCCAUCGCCGGCCGCCCCCGCCUCAACCCCAGCGAAGGCGGCUUCACCGGCUCCGAAACGCCCCGCGUAAACGGGUACGCCUUCGUCGAUGCGCUACCUCCCGAGCCCGAAGACGACGAAGACUCCGCACCCACAGAUCUACUUGAGAGAUUCGGCGCCAAGGGGAGUACGGCGACGCCGUUUACCAUCACCGAGUCGAACCGCCGCGAGAAACUGCAUUAUAAGAUGGUGGAGCGGAUAUCCUCGUCGAAGCGCACAGCCACCACCUCUGCGGGCGCUGAAAGUGGGUUAGGGAAAGGUCUGGGCAUAUUUACAUCGGAAACACCGCGGUUCUUGUCUGCGCCUACGCCGGCAGCUGGCUUGAAAGCUGGCAUGGCGCCAGGGGGGAAGAAGGCCGUGGGGAAUUUGACGCCCGCGGCGCAGAGACUGUUUGAGAAGGUGGGUGGAGGGACGCCCCGAGGGGAUGUGAAAGGCGGGUUCAGCACGAAGGGUAGUGGGCUAGGGAGGGAGUGGACGCCUACGGCGCGGGUUAAGCGAAAGGCUUGAAGAAGGGGGAUGAAGAGUGAGGAGUGGUGGCUGAUGCGCUGGCCUGCCGAAGUGCUCGAGCAGGUUCAUCAUAGACGCCUUUGAGAUACC